AUGUCGCAGUUUCGGGACACGUUCACGAAGGACGAGCAACGGGAGAAUUUGCUAGACUAUGACGACAAUGCGUUUAUGUUCUUCUUAUGCAGCGUCACAGUCUGCAUAUUGAUACCUUGGAGCUUCUUCUUUUUCCGAAAAUGCCUUGCCGUGUCCAAUGCCUACCGCCAGAAGUACCCGGAGAAUUCCGCCGUGGGUUCCAAAUUCAGAUAUUGCGAAUGCCGUGCGUGUGUCGCACAGCGCGCUGAGCUCCGCAGGGAACUUUCUCUUUUCCGCACGCGCUUCCUCACGAAAGGGCGUCUCAUUGAGUUCACAGCCCUCAUGCUUUGCUGGCUUGGCUUCGUUUUAAUAUGCCGCAACUUGCAAGACGUCCACAGCAUUAAAACCUUCGACCCUUUCGAAAUCCUAGACGUCAGCCCCUCAGCAACUCAGCGGGAAAUCAAAAAGGCGUACCGCCUCAUGUCGCUCAAAUACCACCCAGACAAAAAUGUUAAUGACCCGACGCAGGGAGCAAGAUUCAUUAUGAUCGCCAAAGCGUACCAGGCACUAACGGACGAAGUCGCGAAAAAGAACUACGAGAAAUACGGCAACCCGGAUGGCCCCGGCGGUAUGAAGAUCGGCGUCGGACUUCCCAGAUUUUUAGUUGAAGAGGGCAACCAAAUCUUCGUCCUCUCGUUCUUCUUCCUCUUUCUCCUUGUUGUCUUGCCCAUGAUCUUCCUCUGCUACUACCAGCGGCAGAAGAAAUAUGCUCCUAACGGCGUGAUGGUCGAUACGGUUCAGUUCCUCACGCAUGUAAUGACAGAAGGCACACGGUUAAAGAACUUACCAGAGCUGCUUGCUGCCAGCGGAGAGAGCCGCGCAAUGAAGAUCGAACGAGACGAUGACAAGGAUAUGCGACAGAUAUGCGAUGCUGUGGUGGAAUCCAAAAAGCGCAUAUUCACAAUGCCUGUAAUCGUCCGGAACUGCUAUCUCAUCAACGCUCACAUGCAGCGACUGCAUGAGCUAAUGAGCCCACGGCUUCGGAACGAGUUAAACCAACUUCUCAAGGACUCGCUGCCUAUAACGCAGUGCAUGAUGGAGAUAUCCGUCCUCAGUGAUUGGUACCUGACUGCAGAUUCAGUCUUGGAGUUCCGGCGUUGCUUGGUUCAAGCCAUUAAUGGGAGAUCGCACUCGUUGUUGCAAAUCCCUCAUUUUGAUGAGGACGUUCUCCGCCACUGCCACCGGGGAAAGCAUGUGAUUCGCGAGCUGAGCGAAUUCUUACGGCAGGAGGGCGAGGAACGACGAGGCACCCUAGAUAUGUCGAAGGAGCAGCAAGCUGACAUUCAGGCCUUCUGUGAGCAUGUCCCUAAUAUUGAACUCCAAGCGGAAAUAGUUGUGGACGACGAAGCAGAAAUUGUCGUCGGUGACGUGGCGACUUGCCGCAUAACAAUGACACGGAAAAACUUGAAGGAAGGCGAAGCUGCAGGGGCAGUGCAUGCACCGUAUUUCCAAGAACCGAAGUACGAAGAAUGGUGGAUAUUUUUGAAGGAAAAGGGCGACAGUGUUACUGGAGCAUACACACCCGAGGAAAAGCCACGCGAAGUUUUCGUGCAUCCCGAAGAUGUAAAGCUGGAUGAGGAGCCAACUCUCUUCCAACAGAUGCUCGGGGAUAUAUGUGUCAACUCGAGUGACGAAGAAGAGGAGUUUGACUUGGACGAAGCUCCAAAAGUUGUAAGAAAGAAACCAGCUGCCGAGGCGGAAGCAACAGCUGCUGCAAAGCAGGAUGACGCAAAGGAGACCGAGAAAUCCACGGAACCGGCAGCCUCUGCAGCCGAGCCGAAGAAGAAUGAUGGCGGGGCCGUGAGUCUUGCACCAUUAGAACCAGGGUGGUUUUUGACAUCAUAA